GAUGACUGUCUUUUAAAGGUAUGGUAUAAUGUAGAAAACUGGCGGACAGCUGUUACCUCUCCAGAUAAAAGUUCAGAAAAACAAUCCCAAGGAGAAAUUGACUUUUCUUUUGUAUAUCUGGCCCAUCCUCGAGCUGUAAAUGGAUUUUCCUGGCGUAAAACAAGCAAAUAUAUGCCUAGCUAUAGGACUUUUGCCUAUGAAGAUUCAAAAAUGGAUGAUGGUGUUGAUGAUCUGAAAAUAAAUCAUGAAAAGAAAGAAUUUGGUGGUGAUAAAAUGGUACCAAACUCAAGUUUUGUACCGUUACCAUCAGCUGCCAUCGAUCAUCAGAUUGAAGUUCUUCUGUCUGAGUGGAGUAAAAAUGCAGACAUGCUAUUCAGUAUUCAUCCCAUGGAUGGCUCUUUGCUGGUUUGGCAUGUGGAUUGGCUGGAUGAAUACCAGCCUGGUAUGUUUCGCCAAGUACAGGUGUCCUUUGUUUCCAGAAUCCCUGUAGCUUUCCCCACAGGUGAUGCGAACUCGCUCUGUAAAAGCAUAGUGAUGUAUGCCUGUACCAAGAAUGUUGACUUGGCUAUUCAGCAAGGGAAACAAAAGCCUUCUAGCCUCACACGCUCCACAUCAAUGCUUAUCUCUUCUGGUCACAGUAAAUCGACUAAUAGCUUAAAAUUAAGUAUUUUUACUCCAAAUGUUAUGAUGAUUUCAAAGCAUGCUGAUGGCUCUCUGAAUCAGUGGCUAGUCAGUUUUGCCGAGGAAUCUGCUUUUUCUACAGUUCUCAGUAUUUCCCACAAGUCCAGAUACUGCGGUCAUCGCUUUCAUCUUAAUGAUUUAGCUUGCCACUCAGUAUUGCCAUUAUUGUUGACAACAUCACACCAUAAUGCAUUAAAGACACCAGAUGUUGAUAACCAAAAACAAGCUUAUGAUGCUUUAAGUACUGAAGAACAUUCUUUGGCAGAACAGAAUAAAAGCACCGUUGAUGUGGCAUUUCAGGGUCCCAAUGCAGUUUAUAGUGAGCUUAUUCUUUGGAGGGUUGAUCCAGUUGGGCCAUUGUCUUUUUCUGGAGGUGUUUCUGAGCUUGCCCGGAUUAAUUCGCUUCAUGUUUCUGCAUUUUCCAAUGUGGCAUGGCUGCCCACUCUUAUACCCAGUUACUGCCUAGGUGCAUACUGCAAUUCUCCUAGUGCAUGCUUUGUAGCAAGUGAUGGACAAUAUCUGAGAUUAUAUGAAGCAGUUAUUGAUGCCAAGAAACUUCUAUAUGAGCUUUCCAAUCCUGAAAUUUCUGUAAGUAAAUGGCUUUUAAAACUAUAUAUCUCACCUAAUGGAUUUUCUGAAAAAUUCUACCUCAUUGUAAUAGAGUGUACACAAGACAACCGUUCAUUGUUACACAUGUGGAAUUUACAUUUAAAGUCCAUUCCUGUCUCAUUGGAUGAAAAAGUAGAUACAAAAAUAUCUGAAGCAGUUUGGCAGCCAGAAGAACAUUCUUCUUCUCCAGAGAAGAUCUUGUCUCCUUUUUCACAGAAGUAUCAGGCUUGCAGAGCAAAUCUCCAGAGCACCAGCAAGUUGACUCUAUCUUCAGAAAUGGUUUAUAGCCAAGAGUUACAUUUGCCCGAAGGAGUUGAGAUAAUAAGUGUUAAGCCAUCAGCAGGUCAUCUGAGUUCUUCUUCCAUAUACCCCAUAUACAGUGCUCCCUAUUUAUUGGCAACUUCAUGCUCAGAUGAGAAAGUAAGAUUCUGGAGAUGCAGAGUAACAGAUGGAGAAUCUAACACAUCCAAGGAUGGAAAAAUGGAUCUUGUAUACAUUUGGGAAGAAUGGCCAUUGCUUAUUGAAGAUGGACUUCAGAGCAAUAGUAGUAUAACUGUACCUGGUAGGCCUGUAGAAGUUAGCUGUGCACACACAAAUCGUUUAGCAGUAGCGUAUAAGCGGCCCGCAUCUAAUAGUAGAUCUUCUCAGGACUUUGUGAUGCAUGUAAGUAUUUUUGAAUGUGAGUCUACAGGAGGUUCAUGUUGGGUCCUUGAACAGACAAUUCAUUUAGAUGAGUUAAGUACAGUGUUGGAUUCUGGCAUUAGUAUUGAUAGCAAUUUAGUGGCCUAUAAUAAACAAGAGGUCUAUUUAUCCAGUAAAGAUAAUAUAACAUCAAACAUAAAGCAUUUAGUUCACUUAGACUGGAUGUCUAGGGAAGAUGGUUCUCAUAUCUUGACUGUAGGAAUUGGAUCAAAACUUUUUAUGUAUGGACCCCUGGCUGGCAAGGUGCAAGAACAGACUGGUAAGGAAAGCCUGGCAUUUCCUCUCUGGGAGAGUACUAAAGUUGUGCCUCUUUCUAAAUUUGUACUGUUACGAAGUGUGGAUUUGGUUUCUUCUGUAGAAGGCUUUCCACCUUUUCCUGUUUCUUUAUCAUGGGUCCGGGAUGGCAUCCUGGUGGUAGGAAUGGAUUGUGAAAUGCACGUGUAUUCCCAGUGGCAGCCAUCUUCUAAACAAGAACCUGUUGUAACAGAUUCAUACAGUGGGAGCACUCCAUCUAUAAUAAGUUUAGUAAAACAGAGUAACUCAUCAAGUUCUGGAUUACACCCUCCAAAGAGAACUCUGACUCGAUCCAUGACCAGCCUUGCACAGAAAAUCUGUGGAAAGAAAACUGCUUUUGAUCCGACUGUACAUAUGGAGGAUUCAGGUCUUUUUGAAGCAGCUCAUGUUCUUUCCCCAACUUUACCUCAGUACCACCCCUUGCAGCUUUUGGAACUCAUGGAUCUUGGCAAAGUUCGAAGAGCAAAGGCCAUCUUGUCACAUCUUGUCAAGUGCAUUGCUGGAGAAGUUGUAGCUCUGAAUGAAGCUGAACCCAAUCAUGAGCGUCGCCUUAGGUCUCUCACUAUCAGUGCCAGUGGAAGCACCACCAGAGACCCCCAGGCGUUCAACAAGAGUGAAAACACAGAUUAUACAGAAAUAGAUUCUGUCCCUCCGCUUCCUUUAUAUGCCUUACUUGCAGCGGAUGAUGAUAGCUAUUACUCAUCUUUAGAGAAAUCUAGUAAUCAGAGUACCUUAAAUAACUCAAACCAGUUGUCAAAAGAAAGUUAUGAUGAGCUUUUUCAGAGUUCAAGUUUAAUGACUGAUAGUCAUGUGUUAGAGACAGAUGAAGAAAAUACAAAGCCCAGGGUUAUUGACCUUUCACAAUACAGUCCAACUUACUUUGGUCCUGAGCAUGCACAGGUUCUUUCUGGCCACUUACUUCAUUCCAGUUUACCAGGACUCAGCAGGAUGGAGCAGAUGUCUUUGAUGGCCUUAGCAGAUACAAUCGCAACUACCAGCACUGAUAUUGGAGAAAGCAGAGACAGAAGCCAAGGUGGAGAAACUCUUGAUGAAUGUGGAUUAAAAUUUCUUUUGGCAGUUCGACUUCAUACUUUUCUUACCACUUCUCUUCCAGCUUAUCGAGCUCAACUCCUUCAUCAAGAAAAGAAAUCCCAAAAAGACACCAAGAUGACACAGUUUUUUGGACACAGUUUUGAAGAUGAGAGAUGGCGUAAAGCAGCUUUAAAGAAUGCUUUUUCUUUGUUAGGCAAACAAAGAUUUGAACAUUCUGCAGCAUUUUUUCUUUUAGCUGGUUGCCUCAGAGAUGCAAUUGAGUUGAUGAACCGUAGCAAAUUUUUAACUAUUACUCANGGGUCACAGGAAGAAGACAUAAUGUCAGCCUGUAAUCCUGCAGUUUUUAAUUUCUACAAUUAUCUAAGAACACAUCCUCUUUUGCUGAGACGUCAUUUUGGAUCAUCUGAUGCAUUUUCCACACACGUGAGUUUAACAGGAAAAAGUGGACUAGCAGGAACAAUUAAUUUAAGUGAAAGAAGAUUAUUUUUUACUACUGCCAGUGCUCAUUUAAAAGCUGGCUGCCCCAUGUUGGCUUUGGAAGUAUUAUCAAAAAUACCAAAAGUCAUCAAGAAAACAAAACCUUUUUGUAGAACAUCUAGUUUUCUGGAUACUAGUAAAGAUUGUUCUCCUACUCUUCCAUUAAAAUUGGAUGCAAGGGAAGAUAAGUCUUCUGCUAUUGAUUGGUCGCAGUCACUGAUAAAUGGUUUUGGAUCUUCUUCAGAGGGUUCCUCGGAGAAGCAGUCAAACUCCACUCUAUCUUUUGACUGGAGCCAGCCAAGUGUUGUAUUUCAGGAUGACUCUUUAGAAUUAAAAUGGGACAGUGACAAUGAUGAAGAAAACGAAGAUCUUCCUAUUUCAAUGAAGGAACUAAAACCUUUACAGAGAAAAAUAAAAAAAAUAGAUGAAACAAAUUCUACUUACACAGAAUCUCUUAGCACACUAGAUGAAAAUGACAUUUUAAUUCCGUCAGAAGAUAUAAUUGCAGUUCAGUUAAAAUUUAGAGCAUGUUUAAAGAUUCUCACAGUAGAACUUCGUACUUUAUCUACUGGCUAUGAAAUAGAUGGUGGAAAAUUGCGUUACCAACUGUACCACUGGCUUGAAAAAGAGGUGAUAGCUCUUCAGAGGACUUGUGAGUAUUGUUCAGAUGCUGAAGAAGUACAGUCCGCGUUUGGUGCAAAUGGAGAUGAAUUGGGAUUAAAUGAAGGUGCUGAAGAUUUGCUUCACCAAACAAAAGUGAAACAACUCAGAGAAAAUUUUCAGGAAAAAAGACAGUGGCUUUUGAAAUAUCAGUCACUCUUAAGGAUGUUUCUUAGUUACUGCAUACUUCAUGGAUCCCAUGGUGGGGGUCUUGCAUCUGUGAGAAUGGAAUUGAUUUUGCUUUUACAAGAAUCUCAGCAGGAAACGUCAGAACCAAUAUUUCCUAGCCCUCUGUCAGAGCAAACCUCAGUACCUCUCCUCUUUGCUUGUACGGCCAGUGCCAAAACAGUAGUUGCCAAUCCAUUAUUGCACCUCAGUAAUCUAACACACGAUAUUCUACAUGCCAUAAUAAACUUUGAUUCACCACCCCAUCCUGAUAUCCAAAGCAAUAAAGUAUAUGUAAUGCAUACUUUAGCAGCCUCACUUUCUGCUUGUAUAUAUCAGUGCCUUUGUGGUAGUCAUAACUACAGUUCAUGUCAAACAAAUCAGUUUACCGGAAUGGUGUAUCAGACAGUACUGCUUCCGCAUCGACAGUCUUUGAAAACAGGAAGCUUAGAUGAAGCAAUAACUCCCAAUACAUCACCUGCUCAGUGGCCAGGAAUAACUUCUCUAAUUCGACUUUUGAAUUCUUCUGGAGAGGAAGCCCAGCCAGGGCUUACAAUUUUGCUCUGUGAGAUUCUCACAGCAGUGUAUCUUAGUCUCUUCAUCCAUGGCUUGGCAACACAUUCUAGUAAUGAAUUAUUUCGGAUUGUGGCACAUCCUCUAAAUGAAAAAAUGUGGUCUGCUGUAUUUGGUGGAGGUGCACAUAUUUCCAACAAGGAACAGACACACUCAAAAGCUUUACCCGUUUCUUCACUAGUGGAAGAAGGAGAGAAACAGAACAGACGUUUUAGGCCAUCAAAAAUGUCUUGCAAAGAAUCUGCCCCACCGACCUCUUCCUCAACACCAGUAAACCAGGAGUCACUGACAGUCAAAGAGAAGUUCAUCCCACCUGAGCUCAGCAUCUGGGACUAUUUCAUAGCCAAGAUAGAAGCAGAUUUGGGAUAUCCAGGAGGUAAAGCAAGAAUUAUUCAUAAGGAAUCAGAUAUCAUUACUGCCUUUGCUGUAAAUAAACUUCCAGUUAGUUCACCACUUUGUCAUGCAGUUCUGAAAACUCUUCAGUGUUGGGAACAAGUUCUUCUCCGACGACUUGAAAUCCAUGGUGGACCACCUCAAAACUAUAUCGCAAUUCAUACCUCUGAAGAGAGCUUGUCUGCAGGUCCUGCAAUUCUCCGCCACAAAGCUUUGCUGGAACCUACAAACACUCCUUUCAAAAAAAUAUUCCCAAUAUUUUGCAUGAUAUGUCUCGUCCUUACUCUUUGUCAUGGUUAUUCUUUCUUAAUGAAGUCAUUAGAGGACAACUGUGAAACCAUCAAAAAUUCUAUGAUGGAGGAGCCAAACAUCAAUAAGGUACAAAGCAUCAUUCAACUGAAAUUAGAAAUUGCAUUCUUUAACAAGAAAAAUGGUGAUUAUUCCAAUAAAUUUAAUGGGAUCAGAAAAGAAUUGGCAAGAAAGGAGAUGAUUAAGAAAGCCAUUAAUAAUGUCAGAAGAAUGACUUCUCAUCCCACUCUACCUUACUAUCUGACAGGAGCUCAAGAUGGAAGUGUCAGAAUGUUUGAAUGGGGCCAUUCUCAACAAAUAACCUGCUUUCGUUCUGGUGGCAAUUCAAGAGUUACAAGAAUGAGAUUUAACUACCAGGGAAAUAAGUUUGGAAUAGCUGAUGCCGAUGGAUAUUUAAGUUUGUAUCAAACAAACUGGAAAUGUUGUCCAGUUACUGGAAGCAUGCCUAAGCCAUACUUGACUUGGCAGUGUCAUAACAAAACAGCCAAUGAUUUUGUCUUCAUUAGUUCCUCCUCUCUGAUAGCUACAGCUGGUCUUUCAACUGACAAUAGAAACAUAUGUUUGUGGGAUACUCUUGUAGCACCUGCCAAUAGUUUAGUACAUGCUUUUAUUUGCCAUGAUAGUGGAGCAACUGUUUUAGCAUAUGCUCCAAAGCAUCAGCUACUAAUAUCAUGUGGCAGAAAAGGCUUUACAUAUGUAUUUGACCUCCAUCAACGACAACAGAGACAGCUUUUCCAGAGUCAUGAUUCUCCUGUUAAAGCCAUUGCUAUUGAUCAGACUGAAGAGUACUUUGUUACAGGAUCUGCUGAAGGCAACAUAAAGAUUUGGAGUCUCUCUACCUUCAGCCUUCUUCACACUUUUAUUAAUGAACAUGCUCGGCAAUCCAUUUUCAGAAAUAUCGGAACCGGAGUGAUGCAAAUUGAGACAGGGCCCGCAAAUCACAUUUUUUCAUGUGGAGCUGAUGGAACAAUGAAAAUGAGAAUACUGCCGGAUCAGUUUAGCCCAUUGAAUGAAGUGUAAAAUGAUGUGAAAUUUAUGCUGUAACACUUUGACAGUAAAAUGUAUAAUUUGUUACCUAUUCCAUAGAAGUGGCCAACACAUGUAAUGUACAGUGAUUACUUUCUAGUCCACAAAUGAGCUAAGCAUUCUUGUUUUCAUAUUUAUUUUAAGGAGCUUUGCCCAGGAUGCACUGAUGCCUUAAAAAUUAACAAGGUCAUUCAGAAUUAGACUAUUUUGCCCAAAGUAGAAUGUAUAAGUAAAGAAUACAUAUUUAUAGUAUGUUAUAGUGAGUAUGUCAUAGUGUUAAAGGAGUUUUAUUUUCUUCUGGUUGAUAAACUCUUCUGCAGAUAUCUCUGCAUGAAUUUCUUUCAUAGUUAAAGUACCCUUUCUGUAAAGGCAGCUGCACAUCAGUCAUCACUUCAUCACACUCUCACUUCCUUUUUUAAACUUAGACAUCUCAAACUCUGCUUCUCUUGAUUAAUGACAGAUUGAUAUUUCGGUAAGAAUCCAAACAAUAAUGAAUAUCUUCAUUAAAACUGUCCCUGGGUCUUCAGUGAUAAAUGAGCCAAAUGGCUCAUUGUGUAAAUUUUCAUCAGUUUCUCUCUGGAGCCCAAGUAUGUGUGUGUAUACAUGUGUGGUUGUGUAUAUAUGUAAUAUACUUUACACAUCUUAUCCGAGCUUACUUUGUGUAUAUAUAAGAGAAAACUACAAGCCUUUUCAUGUGUUUUUGUGCCAUAACAACUACUGCCACCAGAAUAACAACUUUUUUUGCAGCUGUUUUUGUUCUGUUUUGUUUUAAUUUUUGAAUUCCCAUUUAAAUUUUCAAAUAAAUUUUAGGAAGACUUCCAAGAUUAUUGUUUUAAAGAUUACAUUGAGUCAAAUAAGUCUUAACAGGCAAUAACGAUUCUGUGCUAGCAUAUAUGAGACACUUAAAAGUAAGUUUAUAAAUUUGUGAAAGCAUUUUUUUGAGCAUCAAACAAACAUUUUACUUAAAUUUUAUUUUUAUUUAUUUUUUUAGGUGCUUUUAGUCUCAAAGUUUUGAAAACCUUAUAGCAGUGUUUUUAGAAACAAAUGUGAAAACAGUCAUAUUAAAUAGGUAGUAUUUACAAAUAUAUACCUAUAAAAUACCUGCCAGAUCUACCAUUAAUAGAAAACAAACUAAACCUUAUAUUUUAUUAUUUUUUGCCAAAACAUAUUAUUUUAUUAUAAAAUAUGACCAAAAUAUUAAAAAUGCACAAUGCUUGUAACUUAAAUGUGCUAACCCUAAUUCUCUCUGUUUUGUGCUAUACUUUUUCUGAUUCAGAAUUAUAGAAAACUUGAUAAAUACUUGAUUUUAACCAAGGAGAGAGAGGCAGAUGGAACGAAGUGUUUAAGGGAUGAUUGUAUGCUAUGUAGCUUAAAUAUAUUUUGUUAAUAGGAACUAUGAGAACAUUUUUAUGUAACAAAAUAUGAACAACUAUUAUCUUGAAAAUCAAAGAGUUAAAUAAAGCAAAGAAAUGAA